AACAGGAAAAAACUGUAGCCGUCCACCUACUAUUGAGAAUGGAGACAUAACUACUUUCUUGGAAAAAGGAUACACAUCUGGCUCCUUUGUAGAAUUCAAAUGCCAACAAUUUUAUGCAAUGGAAGGACAGAACAGAUCUUUUUGUGACAAUGGGAAUUGGACAAAAGCACCACUUUGUUUAGAACCAUGUGCUAUCUCAGUGGAAGAAAUGGAAAACCAGAUGGUAGAGCUGAAUGGGAGACCAAAUGAGAACAUAUCGCAAUGGGUGUACCUAAAACGUGGUGAUUUUCUUGAGCUUUGCUGCAAACCAGGAUAUGUACUUGCAACUAAUUUAUCUCAAUCUACUUUUAUGGUGCAAUGCAAUGGAAAUCCAAUUGUCUAUCCGAAAUGCAAAGAUAUGAGAUGUGGACCUGCACCAGAGAUUUCUCAUGGUAGGAGUGUAGGUGCUAAGCAGCAAAGGUAUUUCCCUGGUGAUAGAGUGCGUUAUCGAUGUACACAAGGUCUGAGCCUUAUUGGGUCUCCGAUGGUAACAUGUAAACAAGGGAAGUGGUCCCAACCACCAGAAUGCAGAGAGGCUGCUGGAAAGUGUGGGCCCCCACCUACUACUGAUAAUGGAGACACCAUUGUCUUUGCACAGCCAGAAUAUGAAUCAGGUUCAAGAGUGGAAUAUAGAUGCAAAAGUUUACAUGUAAUGAGCGGAUCUCAAUAUGUUCACUGCGAGUCUGGCCAAUGGACAAACCCACCAGUUUGCUUAGAGCCAUGUACAGCAUCCCCAGAAGAGAUGGAGAAAAAUCAUAUUGAGCUGAAAUGGAGGGAGACCUCUACAUUUCAUGCAGAAAGUGGAGAUUUUAUUGAAUUUAACUGUAAACGGGGAUAUGAAAGGGAACCAACAUCUUCUUUAUUUAGAGUACAGUGUAUGGAGGGGAAAUUUGCAUAUCCUAAAUGUAAGAGAAGGGAGGCUGCUGGAAAGUGUGGGCCCCCACCUACUACUGAUAAUGGAGACACCAUUGUCUUUGCACAGCCAGAAUAUGAAUCAGGUUCAAGAGUGGAAUAUAGAUGCAAAAGUUUACAUGUAAUGAGCGGAUCUCAAUAUGUUCACUGCGAGUCUGGCCAAUGGACAAACCCACCAGUUUGCUUAGAGCCAUGUACAGCAUCCCCAGAAGAGAUGGAGAAAAAUCAUAUUGAGCUGAAAUGGAGGGAGACCUCUACAUUUCAUGCAGAAAGUGGAGAUUUUAUUGAAUUUAACUGUAAACGGGGAUAUGAAAGGGAACCAACAUCUUCUUUAUUUAGAGUACAGUGUAUGGAGGGGAAAUUUGCAUAUCCUAAAUGUAAGAGAAGGGAGGCUGCUGGAAAGUGUGGGCCCCCACCUACUACUGAUAAUGGAGACACCAUUGUCUUUGCACAGCCAGAAUAUGAAUCAGGUUCAAGAGUGGAAUAUAGAUGCAAAAGUUUACAUGUAAUGAGCGGAUCUCAAUAUGUUCACUGCGAGUCUGGCCAAUGGACAAACCCACCAGUUUGCUUAGAGCCAUGUACAGCAUCCCCAGAAGAGAUGGAGAAAAAUAAUAUUGAGCUGAAAUGGAGGGAGACCGCUAAAUUGUAUACAGAAAGUGGAGAUGUUAUUGAAUUUAUCUGUAAAAGGGGAUAUGAAAGGGAUCCAACAUCUUCUGCCUUUAGAGUACAGUGUAUGGAGGGGAAAUUAGCAUAUCCUAAAUGUAAGAGAAGAGUGUUUGUUCUCUCCCUGUCAGGUACUUCAGGAUGAAUAAAAAGAAGAAUCAAGCAGAUAAUUUUAACUCUGAUCUGAGGAUCAAAAUCCAUUGACCAGUUAUUUGUAAUGUUCACACAUUGUCCUUUGUCAGUAUUUUAGCUUAAAUUGAUUAUAUGUAUCAGUUCAAUACCUUUUUUAUCAUUGUUAACAAUGGUUUAAAAUAUACAAUCAUAAAAUAGUAGCAACAGAUGGGCAAAUAAAUUCAAAUUCAGAUCAAACUACAGCUUUUUAUGAUAUUUGGAAAAAGAAACUUUAAGGGGAAUUGUACAUAUCUGCACAUCCUGAAUUACACACUUCUUGCUCGCUGAAACAGAAAGCAGCAGUAUUUCUCUCUGGCCCAAAUCAGGAACUCCAGGAAGUCUCAUUAGAAACAUUAAUCUUGAGAGAUUUUUAGCCUAAUCACCACAUCAGAAAGUUUGGGAUAUGCAUGGAGGCUUUUUUGAGUUCUGCCCAUCACUAUUAGCUGUUGGUGAUCAUUCUUCCAAAUGUUUUAGGCCAUGCAACCAAAAAAUGAUCCUGUCAUUUAACACAGUUGUACUGAAAACAUUGACUUCUCUGGUUAAAGUUGAAAUUCAUAGCAUCUUUAAUUUUAAAAGGGAAAAAUAAUUAAGAUUUGUAUGAUUAAUUUACCACUCUUCUUAAAAAGUCUAUUAUUUGGACUUUUCAUGUUUUUGAUUAACACCAUCAUCUGAAGUGAAGAGGGAAGGAAUCUUAGGAUUUGUAAAAAAAAUGGAGACAAAGAUGAAAGCCUGCAGCUAAUUUGAAUAUCAACAUGAUACUAUGCAUUUGGCAUUGUGUGAAUAAAUUGUCUAUUCCUAUUUUCCACUGUAUGUAAUAAACUAGAAAUUAGACUA